GUUAUUUUCUUGGCAUUUCCGACAGGGCCUACAUUCUUUUAUUAAAGUCUGUACCAAAUUGAAAUAAUUGUUUAAUUAGGAUAUCCAUUCGAGUUAGCAAUCAUGAUCAUUGGACUUUUUACGGACUCCUUCCUUCGAUGCUUUUGUCACACAUGCUCAGUGAACUCGGCCAUUGCAGGACGGCACCUGCACAAGAAGCCGCUUUCCAAGAAGAUCAACAAGAAACCUCGCUGCAAGCAGCCAAAUAAAACCAGACGCAAUCAUGCAACCGAGAUCCGUGCCGAGGAGAAAUCGCGAGGGGGCAUGAGCUACGAGGUGAUCUUGUCGCAGGCGGUGACCGAACGCCCCUCUUCUCCAGCCAAGUCGCCCUCGCCUCCUCCUGCUCGCUCCAUCACCCAGCAGGACAUCGAGAACAAGCUCGAGCUCGCUGAGCAGCGUCGUAAGGCGCUUGAGGCGCAGCGCGUAGCCAGCAUCGGAGAGCGACUAUGCCGGCUGGAGGAGGCUGCACGUAAGCGUCAGGAGGCAAACGACGAGUUCAUCUGCAGUACCGCGACUGCGCUGGACCUUAAGCUCGACGCCUCCUCUGUCAAUCGGGAGGCUCAUCUCGAUGGACUCAAGGCUAAAGUGGCCGAUCAUCUGAACAGCGUUGAAACUGUACGCAAGAGCGUCGAGGAACAGACUGAGAAGCUGCGAGAGGAAAUUCUCUCGAAGAUGUCGUCUGCUCAAGAAAACCGCGAUGAUCAUCUGCGCACCAUCAUGGCCAAGCUCCAGGCUCACGAAGCGUCCGUGCAACGCGUCCGCGAAUCGCACGACCGUGCAGUCCGUGACUUGGAAGAGCGCAUUCGCAUCAAGCAAGAGGUGGCCACCGACAACAGGGAGGCGGAAAUUGAGAAGAAAUUGGAAGCCUUGAGGAACCACUUGGCCAAAGUAGAAGAUUUUAAAGAGAACCUCAACAAGAAACACGAAGAGCAAAGUGAGAAACUCCGAGCAGAGAUCGCCAGCUACGAAGCUAAAGUCGACAAGAUCAGAAAUGAGCGAAACGCUCGACCGCCGACAAACGUUCUCGACAAAAUUGAAAAAAUUAUCGAAAAUAAAGAGAAAGAACAUGAAAAUAGAAUGAAGGAAGUUGAGGAAAAAAUUAAAGCCAAAUUUGAUCUAGUUGAGAAAAAUAGAGCAGAGAUGGCCGAGAAGAACAGGAAAAUUCGCGAAGAGCAGGAGCGACGAGCCGAGGCGGUGCGCGCCAACAAAGAGAAGAUGACGGCUUCAACGACGUCUGAUGACAUUUCUUCGGGAUAAGCUGUCUUCCUAAAAUCUGGCGCAUAUCUUCUAUUGGCUCGAUACCGUCAAAUCAAUUUCUGGUUGUGUCCUAAGGAGUGUUCUCAUUAGUAUCAGUUCGACAAGCACUGCAAAAAGGACACAUCGCUUCAUAGUAUACCGAGUGAACUAGUUGAUUUUUUUACUUUGUGCAAAAAUCGACGUACUUAUAUAACCACAAUAAAUUGUUUUAUUUUAAGAUUUUUCCCUAGUCGAGUACUCUAUGAACCCUUACUUGGUCUCCAAUGAUAAUAAUUUUGAUAGGGUGUGAACGAUUUUUAAAAUAUUUCUUAGCAACGAUGAACUUGGUAGUUCAUAGAUUGGAUGCCUUGUGCUUAGAAUAUUAUUCCACCUUUAUGGUCUCUUCUAACAUGAUCGCGUUCUCAUAUCUAUAUUAUGAUGGCAAAUCCUGUUGUGUAAAGCUCCCUCAAAUCAGCGUUUUAACUUUUGAGCCGGGACGAAUUUUGCCAAUUGUUUUCGGUCUCCGCAUGAUAUCAAAACUAGCCUUCGUCACGUCCUUUGAACAGUGAACCUCUAGUGUUCAACUCUGUCCAGGUGUUAGUCUUGCUACUGCCAGCUCCUCGUCAAAAUGUUGAUGUACUAGACGUAGCAGUUUAGGAAGAACAUAGCGGCUGUUAACUUGCUUAUAACGCCUGUCAGACACACAUUGAUGGUAUUUAUGAACGAAUUUAGCGUUGAGUGGAAUGAGCAAUGCGUUGAUUUUGCGUAAUUAGCCUGCAAAUGCUUCAGUCAAGUUUCUGGCUUCAUCGAUUUCUUCUGAAAUUGGCAAGUAGUACAUCUUCGGUGCAUAAGUGUCACACAGUUGUUCUGUUACAGCGACCUCUAUUGUUAGAUAUCAACUAACGGGAAGAAGUAUGAAGAAGCGCGUCAACGGCAACUUUUUCAGCCGUUAUUGCUGGCGUAUAUGUAUAUUUCUGAAAACUGAAACAAGUCAUUUUCUUGCUCAGGACGUCUAUUAGGUUCUUCUAUGCCCUGUUCUAUGUUUCAACCUCUUCGUAUGUUCUUUGUUGGCGCAUUCUGUCUCAUUUAUCCACCUGACUAUGCAAUGAGUUUUGAUUUUCUUUAGGUUUAUCCUUCUCAAUCCACAUUUUUUCCUACUUUUUUAAUACUCUCUAAACGAAAUCAUCAUUUUGUACAUCUUUUUGCUAGGCAUCUCUCUGGGGUGCUGUCUAGUCUUAAGUGUAAUGGUAAUACCUUGAUGAAUUAAAACCUUUCUAUUGAUCUCCUGUUGGCUUAAACAACCCCAGCUGAAGACCACUAAUCCAUGGUUGGAUUAUAAAGAGCAAGUGUGUGGCUCACGGUUCAGAGUGUUACGGACGAAUAAGAUUGUCGAAGAAUUGGUAAACUAUUUUUAUGUUCCUGGAAAAGCGACUCUACUUGCAGACGUAUGCAAAUUGGGGUCUAUUACGUUAUAUGUCAAGGAGAUAAUUAGUUUUAGUGAUUAAGGCGAUGAACUGUGUUACAUGUAACAUUUCGUUAGAAAUAGUGAUAAUUUCCCUUUCUAUUGAUAUUUUGAUGUGCGUUCAUAGUGCUGAGGAUUGGAAUUGUAAGCAGUUAAGUUUUAGACCGUAUCAAAAUGACCUUGAGAAUGUGAUAUUCGGUUUAAAGUUAGCGAUUUAGCUAAGCGCUUUCUUGACGCCACUAAACGGGCUCGUCACACGUCGUCGAAAUCUAGUGAGUCGCUGAUGUUGCUCUUUUCAUACAGACGGUUCAAGAUGUUCUUAGCAAGUAGAAUCUAGCGAAAUUUGAUUUUAGUGAAAUAUAUCUUUGUAUUUUUCUUAGUUGAAUAGAGCUUGAAAGCUGUUUUUAGACUAAUGAUACACCUUUGAAAAAAUGAAUGCCUACUUUCAGCUUGAAGUUAGGUCUUCUUGCUUUCAUGUAUGGUCCUUUGUUUGUUCUCGCGGAUCACUUCACUUGCUGCGCUUCAUUAAAUAACACGGUAUAA